UUCAGUCCGUCCAAAUAUAAGCAAGCCCUAAUUCCAGCAUUCAGACUAAUUGCAGGUAUAGAGGGGGAGUGAUGGCUCCUUGCGGGACUCGUACCAUAAAGGAGGCAAUUUCUUGCUUACGCGAGAAAGUUAACCUAUUCGGGGUGAUUCUCGACUACACUUGGCCGAAGAAAAGCAAAGGAACCGACUAUAUAUGUAAGCUUACAAUAAUUGAUGCGUCAGAUCCUGAGCUUCGGCUUCCCGUGCAUGUGUUUGAAAGAGAAAGGAAACGUCUUCCUCGUGUUGCUGCUGUUGGAGAUAUUAUUCACCUUUCACGUGUCAAGAUGGAAAUUUAUGAAGGAGUUAUUUAUGCUGUAUACAACAAAAAUUUCUCUUCAUUUGCUUUAUAUGACGGGAAAGAUGGUCAAAGUUAUCGGCCUUAUCAAGGCCACUUAAAAUUGCCUGCGGAAGAUCAGGAUAGAAUGAUGAUCACAGGCCUGAGAAACUGGUUAGCAAGCUCACAGGUCAUUGACGUGCCAAACUUCUUAUUAUUGAAGGAGAUCAAUCAAGUGGAACCGGUAAAUAUCGCUUGCAAGGUACUUCAUACAUGCAAGACUACUAAUAAUGAGGGGAUGAUCUUUCUUUGGGAUGGAACUGAUGCUCCACCUAUCAAUAUUACUAAAAAGGUGGAAGAUGAAGGACAUAAUCCGCUUUCUCUACAUUUGGAAAAAUUGCCUUUAUCAAGUGAUGUGCUAUGCACAUUUCCUACUGCUGGCACCAUAUUAAGAGUGUUCCUCGAAGUAGAUGUAGACUGUAUUGAACAUAUCCUUCAGUUGCUGAAAAAUGGUCAAUGGGUGAAACUUUUUCAUUUAUCAUGCAAAGAGCGUGAAGGAUUAUGGUAUGGUGAGUUCACAUCAAAUUCAAAGAUCCAAGAUAUGUCAAAUGAUGAUAUUCUCAUGAUUGACCGCCAAAGAAAAUAUGCUUGCCGAUCGCGAGGUAAUCCAGAUCGGAUGCCAUUCUGGGCCUCUAAACCGCCAUCAAGAAUAACAGUGGUCGACUCUGGUGUUGUUGCGCCAUUUGCUACAUUGAUGGAUGUUCUCACUUGUCGAAAGGUAGCAAGGAAGUUCAGGUGUGUAAUACGAGUCGUUGCUGUAUUUCCAUGGCGAGUGGAGGAUUUUCGCGCUCGUGAUGGAACUUAUAGGGUUAGGUUCACCCUAGAGGAUCCAACUGCCCGAAUCCAUGCUUAUGCUUUUGCUGAAGAUGGGGAGAAAUUUUUCAAUGGUUCAUCAAAUCAUGCACUGAAACGGAAGCUAGACGAAUUGCUUGGAGCACCUGAUGAAACUGAAGGUGGUGCUAGAAAUCAGCCAUGGGUGCAGUGUUGCCUGAUAUCUCAUUCCGGAAAAAAACGCCGUUGGAUAUGUGAUACCAAGCUUAUUGGUGAAUGAGUCUCUAGCUAAGGUUAAGAUUAGGAGAAACAAGGCAUUACUUUUUGCGAGUACCAGGGAUUAUGCUUUUGCUCUCUCUAGCUAUAACUUAUGUGAAGUUACUUAUCUUGAUGUAAAAAUGAUUGCCCAAACUAAUGGUAACAUAUAUGUAUAUUUUGUAUGGCAUUCGCUUUUCCAGAUGUUGCUGAUGCCUCUGCUACUUUAGCAAUUUCGAUUGAA